UCGUUUAUGUUAAUGUCUCUUCUCUCGCAGUCUCGCAUGGAUUUGACCACUUUAACUCUCCAGAGAUUAUCCAUGACGCCCAUGAUAAACUCCAGCAGCUCUCGUAAGGUCGCCGUGAUUGGUGCUGGGGCGGCCGGCCUCGUCGCAGCUCGAGAAUUGCGCAGAGAAGGUCACAAAGUUGUCGUCUUCGAGCGAGGCCAGAAGGUCGGAGGUACUUGGAUAUACGAUCCCAAUAUCGAAUCUGAUACUUUAGGACUCGAAACUUCCCGAGCCAUCGUCCACACCAGUCUUUACGAUUCCCUCCGCACUAAUCUUCCCAGAGAAGUCAUGGGUUUUCGCGAUUAUCCGUUUGUGGCUAAGGAAGGCAAAGACAGGGACACUCGAAGGUUUCCAGGGCACCGUGAGGUCUUGCUUUAUCUGGACGACUUUGCUCGCGAUUUCGAACUCUUCGAAUUGGUUCGGUUUGAGACUGAGGUGUUUCAUAUAGGUAUGGUGGAGGAAGGGAAAUGGAUCGUAAGAUCAAAAAAGCGAGCUCCGACUGAUCGAGAAGAUUCGCUAAUCGAUAUCGAUGAGGUUUAUGAUGGUGUGGUGGUUUGUAAUGGUCACUAUACAGAGCCCCGUAUUGCAGAAAUUCCAGGUAUUGAUUCAUGGCCCGGGAAGCAAAUGCACAGUCACAAUUAUCGUGUCCCUGAUCCAUUUCGUGAUCAAGUUGUGGUUUUGAUAGGGAGUUCUUCUAGUGCUUCUGAUAUCUCCAGGGACAUCGCAAGCGUAGCUAAAGAAGUUCAUAUUGCCGCAAGAUCUUUUACAGAUGAAACAAUGCGAAAGCAGCCUGGCUAUGAAAAUAUAUGGUUUCAUUCUAUGAUUAAGAGUGCUCAUGAAGACGGCACUAUUGUAUUCCAAGAUGGGAGUUCAGCCCUUCCUGAUGUUGUUCUACACUGCACAGGAUACAAAUAUCAUUUUCCUUUUCUUCAGACUCGUGAUAUUGUCAAUGUGGAUGACAACUGCGUAGGACCACUCUACAAACAUGUUUUUCCGCCGUUGUUGGCUCCAUGGCUUUCCUUUAUUGGUUUACCAUGGAAGGUUAUUCCUUUUCCAUUGUUCGAAUUACAAAGCAAGUGGGUAGCUGGUGUUUUAUCUGGCCGGAUUGUUCUUCCAUCGCAGGAGGAAAUGAUGGAAGAUGUGAAAAAUUUUUACUCAAAACUUGAAGCUGCUGGCGUGCCCAAAAGAUAUACUCACAACAUGGGAGACUAUCAGUUCGAGUACGAUGAUUGGCUUGCAACGGAGUGUGGGUGUCCAGUAUCAGAGGAGUGGAGAAAGCAGAUGUAUGAUGCAACUGGGAGAAACAGGCAUGCCCAACCAGAAACAUAUCGUGAUGUGUGGGAGGAUCAGCAUCUUAUCUUGCAAGCAAAUGAAGACUUUGUCCAGUACAAAUGAGGGUAGAUAAUGUCAUUCAAGACAAAGCUUCUUGUAGGACUUUAGCUUGUGCAUCUUGUAUAUGUGCUAAGGUCUAAUAAUAAAACACAAUUAAGUAGCAAAGAUUAAAGCUUGUAUUUCUUGCUAAA